GUUGUGUUAUUAUACGGGUAUAAGCGUGCCCUUGCUAUAUUGAAGAUUCCUAGCUUGGCCUUGCCUUGAGUUUAACGCCACUGUGCGGACAUCAACACUGGCAACCACUUUCAUUCCUUUGAAUUUGCCGCUAUUUACUCCUGACUAUGUAGGACGGCGUAUUCACAAUGGUUUUACCUUCCUAUCUACGUAUUCUUGAAGCAUCGGCCACACCUUCCUACCUGUAGGCGAGCCAUGAAAGACGGAUAAAUAUACAUUAUACUUGGGUCACAUAAACAAUUUCUUAAGGGCUGAAUGGCAGCGCUCUAUGGCACAACGGGAGGCGACGACGUAAGCUAUUCCCGCACUCUAAACAAGCUGCUGAAGGUGGAUGUUGAGAAACCUCCUUCGACCGGUCCGGAAGCAUCCAAGCAGAAGAUUGUUGCUGCACAUGGCCGAACGUCAUCCCGCCGCGGCAUGGAGGCGACAGUUGGAGCGGUCCCGACUGCGGGGUUGCAGGUACACUGGUGGGAGCCCCAAGGCAGCACCCCCAACCCUCAAAACUGGCAGCAGCGUAACGGUGCCUCAGGACCCUCCAACUUUAGACCGCGGACCUCCCCACAAAGCCCCAACAGCCGCCACCGCCACCCCAGUUCCAACCGCUAUCUCAAUCAGUACCCAGCCUACCUAGAGGACGGCCCGCACGGCCCCGACCCCCCAGCGAGCUUCAUGAGGACGCCCUGGACCUCCAGAUCCACCACUCGAGCCCGCCGCUCCACUAACCCUCAGCGAAACAGCUCCGAAUUCUCUCCGCCGUCGUCGCCGUCACAACGGGGAGCCGACGGCGGCGGCAGUGGCGGCGGCGCCGGAGGCGCCGCCAACGGCGGCAGCAGCGGCGCUGCAACCACCAGCAGCGGGCCGCACCUUCCGGCCAGGUUCUUUCCUAGCGCGGGGCCUCUGGGCCGCCGUCCAGUUCAUCCACAGCUAAGGUACCUAAACCAACACCUUCACGGCCAACAGCAGCAGCAGCCACAGCAGGCAUUACAGCAGCAACAACAACAGCAGCUUCAGCAGCAACAGUUUGUCGUACAUCAGGCGUUGCCGUACUCGGCCCUGCCGUCGACGCCGCUGUCCGACUCGUGUACGACGGGUCUGAACGGUACGGCGACGCCCACGACGGCGGUAGCGGCGACGGCGACGGCGACAGCGGCGGCUGCGGUGGACAGCGGCGUCGGCCUUGGAGUUGCGUUUAGAAGUCGUGGCGGCGGAGGCUGCUUUAGUAAUUUUACAUACAAACCGGCAACGAACAUGGUUGCUGAACCAGCGGCGGCGGUGGUUCAGCGGCGGGAACGUACGACGGCGGCCAUUGGAGCCGCGCGAGGUGACGGCGGCGGCGCGGCGCCGCCGGCCGGGGCAGCGACCGCCGCCGCUGCCAAUAACACUUCCGGGACCGCUGGCGGCGGCGGCAACUGCGCUGCCUCGCAAUCACCGCGGAAGCGUUCAAUGGUCGCAAGGUCCGCCUCUCCCGCCUGCAGUAGCCAACCGUACGAUAACGGCGGCGGCAAAGGUGUCGUACGAGAGUCCUUUUCGAUGGUCGCUGAGGGCGACGGCGCCGACGGCGACGCUGGCAGCAGCGGCGGGCUAGGUGGCUACACCUUGGGGACGCUGACGGAGGGAGGCAUGGAAGGUAGUGGGUACGGCGGUGGCGGCGGUUGGCAGUGGCAAAUGAAUGGGCUGCGGGGCUCGUGGCCGACGGCCGACGGAGGCGAGGGGCUAAUGGGCGGUGGCGGCGGCGGCACUGGCGGAACGGGAUCGCCGUAUGGCGAUCGCUCUCGACCCAUGACGGCCCCAGAGAAUGACGUCACCCAGCGGCGGGGGUCUUCCGGUAGAAGGCGUUCGGGACGUUCCGAAACUGCGUCUCCGUCGCCCUUUGCGCCGCCGCAGCAGCUCUACAUGCGGGCGCAAGAAGAGGAGGCGGCGGCGGCCGCCGCCGCCAGGGACGUUGCUGAUCUGUACGACACAACCGAAAUUCCGGCCCAACGGAUAUCGUCGCUGUCGCGACUGAGCUUCGCGACGCUUCGUCCCUUGUCGCCGACGGGAGGAGCGGACGACGCGACGGACGAUGCCGACGGCACGGCGCCAAAGGUGCCUCGCAACCCAUCCAUUCGAACUCCUGGCGACGGCGGCGACACUGACGGGCGCGCUCCACCAGCAGUGAGCCGUGCGGGUUCCACCACCGCGGCACCGAAGGGGUCCCGACGGCUAAGAGCAUCCAGCGGGGGAGCAGCACCGACGGAUGCAGCUGACGCCAGCACUGGCGGCGCCUUUGCCAGCGCGGCGGAGGAGGGUACGGCAGCAGCAGCGGCAGCGGCGGCGGCGGCGACAAGUGCUGGUAGCGGCACUGCAGCAGCCCCCCGGGCCUCGCGCGGGAGCUCAAGUCCGGGCGUUGACCUGCAGACCUCGUCCUCGGGCGCUGUGGCGGUGGCUGGGGACACCAACCGCACCCUGCAGGUGGGCAUAUCCGUGGCGGCUCUCGCGGAAAUUGUAAAGGUGCUCGGUCCCUCGCAGCAGCAAGCCUCCACGGGGGAGGUCCUUUCCCGUUGGCUUCUGCCCGCCACCCAGGCCACAAAAUGCCGCUUCCUGGACCUCAUCCUUUGGAAGCCCCGAGUGCUGCUUGGGGAUCCAAACGACCCCGGGCUGAAUGGCAAGCCCCAGCCGUCGCUUCGGCCUGAACGCAGCUGGACGGGGCCGCCCGACUUUUACGUGAUCCAUGCCUGGGCUGGCAACUUUGCUGCGUUGGUUGCGGCACUGCAGGAGCAUUGCGCCAGCGUUAACAAGAGCCCCGCCACCGUUCGCGUGUGGCUGGACUGCAUGGCCGUCAACCACCACCCGGGAUCGAGAGACAAGAAGGAGCUGGCGGUGUGCAGACACAUGCUGGCGUCGGGUCGUCGCGCGCUGCUGGUGAUGGAUGCGGGUGCAGAGUGUCUCACCCGCCUGUGGUGCCUGUAUGAGGUGUGGCUGGUGGCAUGCGUGGUGCCGGGCGCCAGUCCCGGCAAGCUGCAGCUGCUGAACGCGGGAGCGGACUGGCGCACCGUGGCAGAUGCGUUCCUCAGGAUUGACUUGUCUCGAGCGGGCGUCACGCUGCCGGAAGACCGAAGCAAGCUACUCGAGGAUUUUCUCCGGGCCACACGCAGUAACGCCGCCGCCGGCGGCAACGGCGGCAGCGGCGGCGGCGCUCCCGGUUCGCCGCCCGUCGUCGGCGGCGGCCCUGGCAGCAACAACCCCGGCGCCGCCUCCGCACUCACAUUAUACCUAGUAGGCGCGGCGCUGCCGAAACUGAGUGCGGCGGUUCGCGGGGCGAUUGUGGACGCGACGGCGGCGGCGCUGGCGACGGCUCGUCGGUCGGCUCGCGGCGCGGCGGGGUUGCUGGCGCUGCUGGAUGCUGCUGAGAGAUACGCCAUGAUCCGCUGCAUCGGCGGGGGUCAUGUGGAAGCGGAGGAGCAGCUCACGGAGGUCGUCGCCGCGGUGUUCGAGGCUACCGGAGCAAAACCGUACGCCGGGCCCGCACCGCUUUCUCACACGCAACUAGCGCAGACGGGGCAUCAUCAACAUAGCGGCGGCGGCGGUCCCGGCGGCGGCGGCUCUGCCGUACAAGCCAUACAACACGGCGGAGGUGAAGACGCGAUCAUCGUCAAUCUGCCCGCCGGCGGGGACUGGUCGGGAGAUCUUGAGGGUUUGGACGCCUUGAGCGAAGGAGGGGGUGGUGACGGAGGCGAGGGGGAUGAGUACGGCAGUGGCGGCGGCGGCGGUGACGGCGGCGGCGGAGGAGCAGCUUCAAGGGGUGGUCGGGGGGGUCCUCAAGGACGCCGCUCGUCGUCCGAGACUAGCGGGCCGUACAUUGAUUACGGCAACGACGCCGUGGCGGCGGCGAUGGCUGCCGUACUGGCGCCAGCUGGGAAAAUGCCGCACUUGAAGAUUAACGCUGGCGGAGCCGGCAGCGGCGGCGGCGGCGGUGGGGGAAACAAAGGCGCGGCGGCGGCCGCCGCCGCCGCCAACGUAGCGAACUUGUGGCGUCGGAGACCGGCGGCGCUAGCCGCACUGGCCAUGCUGCAAGUGGAGCAUGGUCGUCGCGUGCUUGCGAUGACACACGCUUCAAAGGCGCUGUCUUUUGUGCCUGGGCUGACGCUUGUACGGAAGGACAAGGAUCCGAACAAGGAAAACGGUCAGGAGGGAGGCGACAACGAUAAUGACCACAACAAGGCCCGAAGCAGCAACACUCGGACCUCAUUGUCCCUGUCAACAACAGCGCCAGUAGCGACUACGCAUCAGCACCGUCAGAGCACCUCAUUCGCCGCUGCUGCUGCCACAGCUGCUGGCAGCGGUGGUGCAGCAGCAACGCCUGGAGCAGCGCCCGAGGCGCAGGCGAGCAGCUACAGCAGUGGAGGAGGGACCCGUGGGUCACAAGGCGCGCCCGGGUCGCCCACACAGCAAUCUCGAGGCGCGCAGGCUGUGGCAGCUGGGCAGGUGGCUUGGAAGGGCGCGUAUUGGGAGCUGGCAAAUCCUGCGGCGGCGGCGCCUGUUGCCGUACGCACCAUAGUCAUGGUCUCCAUCGUGGAAUCAGCAUGUGGCAGGCAUGAGGCAGCGGCGCAACUGGCUCUGCAAGCGGGUCUGGCAAGGGCGGCGGCGCUAGGUCCCGCCCAUCCCGCCACUCUGGCCAUCCGCCGCGCUGCCGUGUCGCACCUGCUGGCAGCGGACCGGCCGGUGGAUGCACACCUGCUGGCCUCGGCGCUGCUGAGGGAGGCGGUGGCGGUGCAUGGGGAGAGCCACCCGGCGGUGGGGCUGUGUCACGGCGCUGUAGCCCAGGUGCUGGCGGCUCAGAACCGGCCGCAGCAGGCCUUUGUGAGCGCGCAGCGGGGGGCGGAGCUGCUGGCGUCGGUGCUAGGUCGCACGCACCCCGCCACCCUGGACGCGGUACAGAUCUGUGUAGACGUGUUGGAGAGCGUGCAGGAGUACGGCAAGGCGCUAGCGCUGAUGCGUGUCGUGGUGGAGGGCCGCGGGGCAGCCGGGGCCACCCGCGCCUCGCCCGCCUCCCCCGCAUUCCUGGCGCCCACAAACCGCCUGCUGCACCUGCGGACGGCGGCAGCGCUGGAGGACAAGGCAGCCGCAGAGAACAACUCCAGCAUGGGUCGGCGCAACCUGCUAGGUAUUCUGCGCGGUCUAGCCAAGCUGGAAGCGGAGCUGAAGGCAGCUCUCAUGGCGGUGGGGGGACGCUCCGUGCAGAUACAGCGAGAUUUGGAGCAGGUGUUGCUCGCUCAAAACAAGCGUUACGAGGCAGCACUUCUGCAGAAGGGCGAGCUGCCUCUCACGCGCAUGGCGGGGGAGGCGACCGGCGGCGGCGGCAGCAGCGGGGCAGCAGCAGGUGGACCGAGCAACGGCGGGACGGCUGGCGGUGGCGGCGCCGCUGCCGGCGGCGGCGGCGGCGGUGGUGCCAUGGGCGGAGGCAUGAAGCCGUUGAUGGCUUCGGGAGGUGGCGGCCCCUUGCGAGCCACACGGUAGAGGCAUGCAAGAGAUGUACGUGCGGGGGAAUCUGAUGCUGCGGCUUGCUUGAAGCGGCACCUAGGGUAUGCCAACCAUGUGCGUGUGCAUACAUGCGCACACGUUGCGUGCAAUGCGGACGUGUUGUUGUGCCUGCGACUCAUCUCCCCUUGUCCUCUUGUCUUGACUUCAACUUGGUGAGUUGGUGUUGAAGGGAGUUGGAACCGGAAAGGGGAAGGGUCUGUGCGUGAUGAGCCAUCUGUCACGUCCGGGUUUUGGGUGUGAUUAACGCAUGUAGUUGUUUUCGACGAAUGUGCGUAUUGUUGAAAGCCACCUGUUGAAAUGAGUGAGGGAGAUUGACCGAAGUGACCGAAGAAACUUAACGACGACUUUACGAAUAGUGCCGACUGCACCCUUCGGAGGGCAGAGCCCCUACAGGCCACGCACGCCGCCAGAAAGCAGACGUUGAGAAGCUUUUUGGAGGGUCGCCUUUGUUGCACAUACACUUGGACAUAAUGCUGGUUGUUUCUGAGCAUGGCUUUUGGGACAUAUCUGGCGUUGGAAGGGAGGGAUCGUGACCGGGCGGCUCUAAAUCGCGCCCCUAAUUAUUACCGGCAUCCGCUUGCUGACGGCGGGAAACCUGAUUGGAUCUGCAAUCCUGUGUGUUAAGAUACCUGGCUACAAGUGGCCCUCUGUGUGUGUCUUUGUUCUCUCUGUCUGCUUCAAAUACAUGCCUAUGCUAUAACAUACUUGGUCCUUUUCUGUUUGUGCCGGUAUCGCGUGCAUUGUUACGGGUACGUAGGAUCGGCGGCGCUUGGCUGAGAGUCAGCUGCAGUGAGAGAGCUCUUGAGUAAAGCAAGAGGGCUAUUAAUAUGACUGUUGUAUCCUGCUGUAAACGCGGGGCGUGCUUGCUGAAACAGCAGCUGCGUUUCUGAGGAGAGGGUUUCAAAAUCUCAAUUGGGUCCGCAAUACGAACGGCCGAUCCUAUUGUCUUAUGGAUUGGCGUUCGUUAGUUUGGAAGUUGCAUUGUUGUAUGUAUGUUGUUUCGUUUUGCGCCUCCAUAUGUAAGGUAUGUUCACGAUGAAUGGGUCUUUUAAACAAAGGUUUGGGUGACAUUGAGGUGGCAUUCUGCAAGUUGCAUUGGCUGCUUUUGGCACUACGAGUUGUUGUCGUUGCCGUUGCGACGCCCAUUGGGGGGAUCAGGUUGUUCUUCCGAAGGGACGGAAGAACAACCGUGGGUGGGGGUAUCCACCUCAUGUUGGCUGAUAGUUGAUGGCCAAGGCGAGUUUGUUGGGGAUUAUUUGCCCUGGUAAGUCUGAAACUCGGGGUUUAACGGGCGUGAACGCGGGGCCUCGUCUGUGCGAGUAAACUGAAACCUGUUUGGCUUUUAAUGACGGUACAUGCCGCGGGCUUGCAUGCAGUGCGUGCUGUGUGAAGUAUUGUUACCGGAAUGUUUCGGGCUGAGACUCAUCAAGCUACGUGCUACAAUAAUGUACCGAACUGGGGUGCUUGGGGUAGCUAACAAGGGAAGAUGGGUAGCAAAGUAUAACCGGUUAUUUAUGCGUCCUCCUUGUGUUACGCUGAGUGGUACAUGAACAGUGCGUGAGGCUUCAGACGAGUUGAUUGCUUCAGAACACGGUUGUUCGGUAUCAGGGGGCAGAGCCUUGGGGGCACGACUGCGUUGGAUGUGACCAAACGCUCCUGCCUGGUCAGAUCUGAUUUGCAGUGCAUCUCCUGCGCCGUUCUGUUUCCCGCUGCCUUCCCCGCGGAAAGGGCCAAGCAAACAU